AUGAGUCUUCUCUAUUAUAGCCAUUCCAUCGCAACCUUUUGCUACCAAGAUGCACAAAGCCAAUACUUCACCUCGGUAACUCACGUGGAUGGUGACUUGAAAGUUGUCUGGUCUCAAAAGCUAGGCCUCGGCUACAACAAGCACACAAUCCGCAACGAUGCGAAAUGGCUUGUGCAUAUUUACGCCGAUGACUCGCGGUCAUACUUUCAUUCUUACUGUUUGAACGGCAAUUGGCGAUCAGACAUUUAUCAUCUCCGAACACUUCAUCUUGGGGAUAUGGGGCAUGAUUCAUGCUGUGAAUUUCUGGGCUCAGUCUGUUACAUGUUUAACCGGAAAAUCAACAGACUAAACGGAUCUAGCCAGUCUGUGGUGAGCUACUAUGGAGCUGCCAUGGGCGACGAUGAAAAUGAGCGCAAUUCUCUUCGCGUGGACAUACCCCAUGCCUUUGUUGUCGACGGCACUGUUGACAUUGCCGAAAUGUCUUUACAACAAGACCCGCAAACAGGUUCUCCUGUCCUCAUCGAUGUGAUUGGGGUGCAGAUCGCCGGUUGUGCAAAACAGCACGAAAAUAUGCAGUGGUUAUGUUUCUCUCAGGGGCUUAAUCGCUCGCCACUAGGCAGAAUGCUCGAUGGUCCUGCUCUUCUGUUAUAUGUUGGCCCAAUGUGCGAGGCACCGAGCCAAAAAUGCCACACUUCCGCUCAGGCUGGGAUUCCAGGAGGUACCUACAGCCAACGCAAAAUACAGACAAGGAAUGCUCACUCUCGACGAUACCCACGAGCUGUGCGUCCUUUCUACCAGUAG